AUGGUGGCCGUCCACGUGUACUGGAGGCUAAGGGCAGCUGGACACCUGUCCUCCCACUGCAAUGACGUGGCAAUUGCUGCGUGCUGUGGGGUGGAGGCGGAAUACAGACUGGCGGAGUAUGAGAGGGCGGAGGGGCGGCAGGGGGGAGGGUGGGGCGGGGGAGGUGCGCAGGGGAAGGGGGGAGCAGAGGAUAUGGGUUUUUUGGGGAUCUCUGAAGGGGAUUUAGGGGUGCUGGCUAUGGAAGGCGGCGAAGGGGACGAGGAGGGAGAGGAUGUAGAGGAGGGAGAGGAGUGCGAGGAGGGAGAGGAGGCCGAGGAAGAGGGCGAGAGGGAAGGAGGGGAGGGUGGAAGUGAAGGUGGAGGGAUGGAGGAGGAUACAGACAGUCAGGAGGUGCCACAGCAAGUGGGGGGGAGCAGGAGGCAGAGCGAGGGCAGGCGCAGCAGGAGCAGGUUGCGUCCAUGGGUACUCUCCAGCCCCACCGUACAGGCAGCACUGGACAGCCACGCCCCUCCCCCCGCCCUUCUCAUGCUGGCCGCGCAGGGCCUUUUCACAGGACAGGGGAUGCGUGAGUCAACUCAACCGACAGCUAUGCCGAUGCUGCCUGGCGAGGGGCUAUAUGCCGGGUUUGUGAGUGAAGGCGAGGUGGCACGCCGCGAGACUCAAGGGGGCAGACGCGAGGCGGAAGUGCUAGGGGGAUUGGGGAGAGAAAUGGGAGAAGUAGGUCAGGUGGCAGCAGACGGUGCUGCUGCUGCUGCUUCCCUCCUGCUCACGGAUCAGACCACCACCCACUCUAGCCCAUCCCCUCACUCUUGCCCCUCCCUUCACUCCCAAGCAUCUCCCUGCUCGCACUCCUCCCAAGCCUCCUGGCCAGGCAUGGAAGCACGGUUUCCGGUGCUGUCUGCGCUGAUCAGGUUCGAGGAGAGGUUCGGCAUAGGCUCGAGCGCGUGGGAGGAGGUUCGGGCGCUGGGGCUAUGGGAGAGGGCAGCGUUGGAGAUUCUGGCAGAGGCUCGGGCCGGGCCGCAGAGGUUCAGAGGGGAGAUGGCUCGGCCGUACCACAGGGUGCUGAUGGCUCUGGCGCUGAGAGGAUGGGAUGAGGAGAUUAACAAGGUGCGGGCAUGGAUGGAGCAGGACGGAGUGCCUCUAGCACACAGCUUCCCCGCACUGCUCGCCCGCCUGCGCCACGUGGGCCAGUCAACGCCCCCUGCUGCCUCCCACGUGCCUCUGCUCUCCACGCUCAUCAACAGCCCUGUUAGAAUGACGUGCCUGUUCCUCGUGGGCCAGUCAUCGCCCCCUGCUGCCUCCCAUCAGGUUCGUCCCCCAUCAGGUUCGUCCCCAUCAGGUUCGUCCCCAUCAGGUUCGUCCCCAUCAGGUUCGUCCCCAUCAGGUUCGUCCCCAUCAGGUUCGUCCCCAUCAGGUUCGUCCCCAUCAGGUUCGUCCCCAUCAGGUUCGUCCCUUAUCAGGUUCGUCCCCCAUCAGGUUCGUCCCCAUCAGGUUCGUCCCCAUCAGGUUCGUCCCCCAUCGUCCCCCAUCAGGUUCGUUCCCCAUCAGGUUCGUUCCCCAUCAGGUUCGUCCCCCAUCAGGUUCGUCCCCAUCAGGUUCGUCCCCAUCAGGUUCGUCCCCAUCAGGUUCGUCCCCCAUCGUCCCCCAUCAGGUUCGUUCCCCAUCAGGUUCGUUCCCCAUCAGGUUCGUCCCCCAUCAGGUUCGUCCCCAUCAGGUUCGUCCCCAUCAGGUUCGUCCCCAUCAGGUUCGUCCCCCACCAGGUUCGUCCCCCAUCAGGUUCGUCCCCAUCAGGUUCGUCCCCAUCAGGUUCGUCCCCAUCAGGUUCGUCCCCAUCAGGUUCGUCCCCCACCAGGUUCGUCCCCCACCAGGUUCGUCCCCCAUCAGGUUCGUCCCCAUCAGGUUCGUCCCCAUCAGGUUCGUCCCCAUCAGGUUCGUCCCCAUCAGGUUCGUCCCCCACCAGGUUCGUCCCCCACCAGGUUCGUCCCCCAUCAGGUUCGUCCCCAUCAGGUUCGUCCCCAUCAGGUUCGUCCCCAUCAGGUUCGUCCCCAUCAGGUUCGUCCCCAUCAGGUUCGUCCCCAUCAGGUUCGUCCCCAUCAGGUUCGUCCCCAUCAGGUUCGUCCCCAUCAGGUUCGUCCCCAUCAGGUUCGUCCCCAUCAGGUUCGUCCCCCAUCGUCCCCCAUCAGGUUCGUUCCCCAUCAGGUUCGUUCCCCAUCAGGUUCGUCCCCCAUCAGGUUCGUCCCCAUCAGGUUCGUCCCCAUCAGGUUCGUCCCCAUCAGGUUCGUCCCCCACCAGGUUCGUCCCCCAUCAGGUUCGUCCCCAUCAGGUUCGUCCCCAUCAGGUUCGUCCCCAUCAGGUUCGUCCCCAUCAGGUUCGUCCCCCACCAGGUUCGUCCCCCACCAGGUUCGUCCCCCAUCAGGUUCGUCCCCAUCAGGUUCGUCCCCAUCAGGUUCGUCCCCAUCAGGUUCGUCCCCAUCAGGUUCGUCCCCCACCAGGUUCGUCCCCCACCAGGUUCGUCCCCCAUCAGGUUCGUCCCCCAUCAGGUUCGUUCCACAUCAGGUUCGUCCCCCAUCAGGUUCGUCCCCAUCAGGUUCGUCCCCAUCAGGUUCGUCCCCAUCAGGUUCGUCCCCAUCAGGUUCGUCCCCAUCAGGUUCGUCCCCAUCAGGUUCGUCCCCAUCAGGUUCGUCCCCAUCAGACUUCACGAUUCACAAGCUAGCCUCACAGCAGCAGUGGGACGACAUGCUGCUGCUGCUGCCCCACGCGCUCACCUGCUACUUGGAGUCGCACGGGUGGGAGCGCAUCGCGCUCUGGAGCGCCGCCCUCGCUGCUGUGGGCCACGCGUGCCGCCCCGACGUGCUCAAGAGCACGGUGGACGCUGCUCAGGCCACGGGGCUGGCGGAUGGGCGCGUGAAAACCCUGCCAGGCGUACCACGUGUCCCAGGCCAGGCCGACGUGCUCAAGAGCAUGGUAGACGCUGCUCAGGGGCUGGCAGAUGGUGAGUGCAGAGUGAGAGUGGGCAAGUACGUUCACAAUGCGAUUCUUCCCCCGUGUAGCCCUGUCCCUCCCAACCCUCUUGCCCCCUUCCCCCCUUCCCCCACCCUUCCCCCGUCUUUCUCCCGAAACACCCUCUUGCCCCUUUCCCCUCUCCCUCUUCUUGCCCCAGUCCCUUUCUCGCUCCUGGAUGGCAUGCAACUCACCAGAAGCACGCCGUUCUCUCUCCCAGACGGCACACAACUCACGCGAAGGCAGUUCCUGGGGGCCAACUACUGGAAGGGCUUUCGGCCGCUGGUGGAGCGACAGGGCCAGCAGGGGGUGUCAGGGGGCGAGUUUGAGCGCACGUGGGGGCUGGUGAGACAGGCCGUGGCGGCCACGGGGCUGUAUCCGCACGAGGGCAUCUCAUCCCUGCUUAUCUCCGGCCUCUGUGUCAACGGUCAGCUUGACAGGGCGAUGGAUGUGUUGGAGGAGAUGCAGCAGAUGGGCUUCGCCCUCACGCCACGAGUCUUUGACCCGCUGCUGCUGCAGCUCGCGCGCUCCAGGCUCUUCAAGGAGGCGCUUGCUCUGGCUGACGUCAUGCGCCGCAUGGAGGGAGGGCUGACAGUGGCUUCAUUUAGCAGCCUCAUUGAGGCGUGCCUGCAGGUCGACAAUAUCCCCAUGGCACUGGAGCUCGUGGCAGAGAUGAGAACAACGGGCGUGCAGAGGAACAGCUACAUCUACACACCCAUCAUCCACGCCUUCUGCAAACAGGCACCUUCUGCUCGGCUGUUCCCUCGCGCGCAAUCCCCACCAAUCCCAGUGCACAUGGCUUUGCUUGAUCCUUCUUCCCCCUCCCCAUGUCUCCCCGCUGCUCCCCUCUUCUGCCCUACACUCUCUCCCCCUCUCUCUCGCCCCGCUUUCCCCAAAAACCCCCUCCCUCCCACCCCGUUCCCGGCAGCCCAGGGGAAGCUGUCAGCGGCAAUGGGGGUGCUGCGUGAGAUGAUGGCAGACGGCAUUCGCCCCAACGUGGUGGUGUUCACUCAGCUGCUGCACGGCUGUGCCCUCAAGCGCAACCGCGCCAUGGGCAUGCGCGUGCAUGCCAUGAUGCAGCAGCAUGGCGUGGGCCCCAAUGACUACCUGCAUGCCGCCAUGGUCGAAUUGUACCACAAGACAGGCGACGUGCAUGGGGCCAUGGAGUACCUGGCAGCAGCAGAGGCGGCGGGACACAGAGUAGGCGCCAACGCAGUGAGCGCUCUGGUCGAGGCCCUGGCAGCAGCAGGCCGCACAGAGGCAGCCCUAGCGGCGUUCCGGAAGGGGCGAGCGCAGGGCGUGCAGCCCCUGCCAUACGCCGUGGGGACCAUGAUCAUGGCGCUAGGACGGGCGGGCAUGGUGGAGGACAUGAUGAAGCUGUUUCGAGAGACUCGCAGAGGGUGGGAGGGCAUGACGUGGCAGCAGGAGAUGCGGAGUGGGCAUGCGCUGGUGGUGCAGACGCUGGCAUGCCUCGUGCAGCUUCACGACGUGCAGGGCAUUCUGGAGGUAGCAGAGGAGAUCAAGGACGACCCUCAACUCAACCGCCAGCAGAUCUUCGACCAGGUGCUACUGCCAGUGGCCAGGGGUUUACCGGACGAGAGGGGGGUGUGUUUGAUCGGGGUGCGAGAGGCCCUUCGCAUGUUCCAAGCCCUGCGCACUGUGGGCGUGCAUGCAUCGCGCAUGGUGCUGGAAGCAUUGUUGGACUCGUGUGCGGCUAUGGGUGACCUGCCUCGCGCCCUGCAUGUAAUGGAUGACAUGGACCGCAACGACCUGCCGCCCACCGUCUUCACUCUCUUCCGUCUCUUCCGAACGGCCAUAACAGCGGAGGACGAGGAUGCUGCUUGCGCUGCGCUGCGUCAGAUGUCGCCCUCUGAUUUGUCCGACGAGGACGUGCAGCUGCUGGUGCUUAAAGCCCUCGAGCCCUUCAUCCGGGCGGCGGCUGAAGGGGGGGAGCAGAUGGCGCUGGCCAAUGAGACGCUGCCACGUGUCAGGGAGGAGGCUUAUGUGGCGAUUCUGAGAGCCAAUGCGCUCAAACUGAGGGGCUUGGUAGGGAGAGAAGGGGAGGUGGGUGGGACGUGGAGAGACCGAGAGAAGGAUGGGGGAGUGGGUGAGGAGAUUUCUGAGAUUCUGUCAAGGCAGCAGUCUCGGCAGUCAAAUGAAAGCAAGACAGGAGAAUCAACGUGA